AUGGCGUCGGACCACCAUGCAAUGGACGAUCUAGUAGAUCAUCGAAUGCGACAAGGAACAACAGAAAGUCCACGUUCCACGAGAACAAGAAGACAUCUACGCUCGUCGUUGCCGACUCGGGUGAGCAGUGCGUGUGAGCGAUGCCGUCUACAUAAAUCCCGGUGCGAUCCGUUCCGACCUUGCACGCUUUGUGUAAGAGCCAAUGUGAACUGUCAACCUCUACCAAGCCAGCAAAAGAAUGCUGGGCGAAAUCGAGUGGGAUCCCGACGAACAUCGAGAAAUACUCGGCGUCAGUCGAAGCCCCCACACAUGACCCCGGCCGAGCAGCCGCCGGAUCGCGAGGACAGUCCUCAGCGUGAAGUGGACAUGCCGGACCAAGUCACUAAUGCGCCCGGCGCUGACGCAGACUUCCUUCCGCCGGAUGAGCACAGCGCCCGGUCAGCCAUCGACUGCGGCGAGGCCGAGUCGGCUAUGGGCCUGGCGCGCAAAAUAUGUGAACUGGGCAGUCAACAUAUCGAUGAGCGGAAUACUUUCGCCAUCCCAGGCUAUCGCGCAAGCACCAGUGCGCCUAUCGCGCCGUCGGCGGUCGCCGGUCAACGGCUCCCGAUCGCUUCGAUCUUGGGCCGGCCAUUACCCAUCGGCGAGUUGAUGUAUGAGCUGUUGGAAGAGUAUUUUGAAGCGAUCCAUUGGUUUUCGCUGGUUGUGUAUGAACCGAAGUUUCGCAGGAGGCUGCGCUCGAUUGAAGAUGGCUCGGCGUAUCCCUCCCAGAAGCCGUUCCUCCUGCUGCUGGCGGUCAUGCUUGGGAUGGCGGCGUGGUACCGAUCUCAACACGAUAGUAACACCGAUGACAACCGGGAUCACUGGCGGCAAUGGAGCGCCGACCUGAUCGGAAUCAUCGAGGCGAACCUGGUGGAACUGAUGGACCAGCCGUCGGUGACGGCCGUGCAGACCUGCAUUCUCCUCGGAUCGCAUCAUGUCUACCACGGUCGACCAAACCUCUCCUUCGCGUUAUUAGGGGCCACAAUCAAGAUGUCCCAAGCGCUGGGCAUGCACCGAGAACCGGUGCAAGGCGAAUUCGGCGACAUUGAGGAGAGAAAACGCGUCUGGUGGACGAUCUACACCUGGGACCGAUUUGCGUCCAUCACAUACGGUCGACCGUUAGGGAUCAACGACAAAGACUGCAAUCUCAGCAUGCCGGCCGACAUAUUAGAAAGCCCAUCAUUCGCUGCACCAUCCGACGAAAACAGCCUGAUCUGCUACUCCGCGUACCAGCGCGAACUGAACCGCCUCUACCUGAUCGCCUCGCCAGCCCUCGAAGCAAUAUUCGGCUCACGAACCUUCCGAACAUCGCAACAGCUCGCCGGCGACACAUACGCCUCUCUCGUCAAGUACGCCACCCAAGAACUCCAAAGAUGGCGCGUCAGUCUCCCAGCCCAUCUAGCCCUAGACCUCAACCACGACUACCACCCCACGGGCGAGUCCGGGUCUCGCGCCCACGCCCUCCAAUCCCUCUCCCUCCAACUAACCUACGACAACGUCCUCAUCGUCCUCCAUCGACCCCUGCUGGCAAAACAAGUCGACCACCUCACCCGACCCCACGGCACCAGCGAAGACAACAGUUCCCCCACCGGAUCCAACACCACCCACUCAACCACAACCUCAAACUCAACCCCAACCCCGGGCCUCUCCUUCGACCCCCAAGUCCAAUUCCCCCCCACCCAACAACAACCCGCCAGUACCACCGACCUCUGGAUGAACGCCGCCGUGCGCACCGCCCGCAUAACCGAAAUGCCCGUCCUCGCCCAACUAGCAACAGACAGCCACCUCGUCGCCUUCCUGGCAAUCAACCUCUUCAACGCCGCCAUCGUCCUGGUGGUAAUGGCCCUCUCGGAACCCCUCUCCGACACAGCCCAGGUCGUCAAACGGACCAUCACCCGCAUUCUCCGUCUCCAGGAUCUAAUCGGGACGAGAUCCGCGCUAUCCAAACAGAGCACGACGGUGUUAAAGAACGUGGUGACAAUGCUCCUCCGUCGCGAGUCGGAGGUUAUCUUCGGGCCGAUGCCGCAUGUCGCGCAGCCUCCGCGGAUGUCGGUUGAGGAUACGCUGCGGUUGCCGCUGGAUGGGACGCUGGGGGUGUCGUUGGCGGAUUAUCAGACGGUGGGGGAUGGGAAUGGAAAUGGGAGUGGGAGUCAGGUUAGGCCGGAUCCGGGGAGGGCGGUACGGUUGAACGAGAGUUUGAGUACUGUUCAUCACGUUCUUCCGCCGGGAAAUGAUCGCUCGGUCAAUGUUCUCUCUGGUGAUGGUCAGGCGAACCAUCAGCUGGCGCACGAGAACGCCGAUCCGCAAUUCGCACUCCAGGUCCCGAUGGAUUAUGGUUGGGACGGCGCGGGCGCUGUGUCCAUGAGCGUAGAAGACCCGUAUCUAGGGAAUGGCGAAAGUGGGAUGUACUGGUUAUGGGACAUGACAUGGGACGGGGUGGGCAGUUAGUUAAGAUGUGAUGCGAUUUAUCGGUUUUUAUUUUUUUUAUUUUUAUUUAUUUACUUUUGUCAUGAC